CCCACACUCGCUAACACACCGCGGCUGCCGCAGUCUCCGGAGCAGGGCUAGAGCAUCCCAAGAUGUGCCGCGGGGCGCUCUGGGUGGCCCUGCCUGUGCUCUCCCUGCUGGCCUGCUCCGCGCAGGGCAAGCCACUGGAGAUCCGGGGGCGGGGGUCGGCUGGGGCAGAUGCCCACCGCCUGCUAGGCGGGCCCGGAGGUGAGCGGGAGCGGGGCACCUUCGACCUGAGGAUGUUCCUGGAGAACAUGAAGGUGGAUUUCCUGCGCAGCCUCAACCUGAGCGGGGUCCCUUCCCAGGAUAAAACCCGAGCCGAGCCGCCGCAGUACAUGAUCGACCUGUACAACAGAUACACCACCGACAAGACAUCCACCCCCGCAUCCAAUAUCGUGCGCAGCUUCAGCAUGGAAGAUGCCAUCUCUAUAGCCGCCACAGAAGACUUCCCUUUCCAGAAACACAUCUUGCUCUUCAACAUCUCCAUUCCCAGGCAUGAGCAGAUCACCAGGGCCGAGCUCCGACUCUACCUCUCCUGUCAAAGUCACGUGGACUCCUCUCACGAGCUGAAAGGAAACAUGGUCAUUUAUGAUGUUCUGGAUGGAGCCAAUGCCUGGGAUGCUUCUGGGGGAACCAAGACCUUCCUGGUGUCCCAGGAUAUCCGGGACGAGGGCUGGGAGAACUUUGAGGUGUCCAGUGCUGUGAAGAGGUGGGUCCGAGCAGACCCCACUAAGAGCAAGAACAAACUGGAAGUGACAGUGGAGAGUCACAGGAAGGGCUGUGACAAGCUGGAUAUCAGUGUCCCCCCCAGCUCCAAAAACCUGCCGUUCUUUGUCGUCUUCUCCAAUGACCGCAGCAAUGGCACCAAGGAGACCAGGCUGGAGCUCAGGGAGAUGAUCGGCCACGAGCAGGAGAGUGUGCUCAAGAAGCUGUUCAAGAACGGCCUGAUGGAGGCAGGUGAGAACAAGGACGACGAGGAGGAGGAUGUGCAAAGCCACACGGCUGUGAGCUCGUCUUCGGCCAGGCGGAAGAGGAGUGCCGGGGCCAACAACCACUGUCAGAAGACCUCCCUGCGGGUGAACUUCGAGGACAUCGGCUGGGACAGCUGGAUCAUCGCGCCCAAGGAGUACGAUGCCUUUGAAUGUAAAGGCGGCUGCUUCUUCCCCCUCGCUGACGAUGUGACCCCGACGAAACACGCCAUCGUGCAGACCCUGGUGCAUCUCAAGUUCCCCAUGAAGGUGGGCAAGGCCUGCUGUGUGCCCACCAAACUGAGCCCCAUCUCCAUCCUCUACAAGGAUGACAUGGGGGUCCCCACCCUCAAGUACCACUAUGAAGGGAUGAGCGUGGCCGAGUGUGGGUGCAGGUAGUGCUGGCCCGUGGGUGGGGGAGGCAGGGUGGAGGGGGCUCCUAGUGAGAGGUCCUGUGUCCUGCUGGGCAUGACAGAGACUAAGUCCACCUGGGUGGCAGCCUGGAGAAGGAAGGGGAGCCACCAGGUCCUUGUGGUAAAGACCUGCUCUCCCUCUCACGGCCCACCCCAAGCACACACCACUGGGUUGAACUGCAGGGGAGGGGA